AGCCAAAUUAAUUGUGUUAUUUGCAAACACUCCGGUUUAGUACCUGCUGAAAAAAGUGAUCAUUGUUGAAAAGUGAAUAUUGUGAACCGGGAAAAACAAAUCAAAAGGAUCAUGAUCAAACAGAAAUCUGAAGACAUGCAACUAGAAGGCAAUGAUCCUUUAAUGUCACCCAAUAGCAAACGCAGGAAUGAGUCAACGUUGCGGCAACUCCAAAACGACAUGAUGGGUAAAGCUCGCUCAACACUCAGUAGUCUAGGUGAUGUUUUAAAAGGAAGCAAAAGUGCACCAAGUACUCCAGUUACAACCGGUUCAGGACACGAACAAUUAUAUAAACUUUCUUCAAGCGAAUUGCAUUUGGAGGACACAGAGCAUCAGUUUGCAACGCCUCCACGAAGUCCAAAAACACAAAAAGACAAAAGUUCUUUGGAUUUUUUUCCAUGGUCAAAAACUAAGGGUAAGGAAAGUUCCAAAAGUGUGAAAAAAGAAAAACUCAAGCAACAACAAUCCCAGCUGAGUGAUGUUCACGAGGAAGAACUUGACGAUGAACCAAGGAAUCAUUUACAUACUCCCAAAACAAAUGUCCCAAUGACAGGAACUGUUAAAAAGAAGCCAAUGACCGAAAAUAUGACUGGCACACGUUACCAACCUCAAAUGCAUAAACCAAAAAUAAAAUACUCUAUCGAGUAUCAAGAAGGAAUAGCUGAUUAUAGGAGUGACAAUGAUUUAAGUCGAUCUAUGGAGGAUGGUAUGCAAUAUAUAUCUCGCGACAAUUCCCGUUGCGGAGAAAAGUACUAUGACAGCCGACCGAGGUCUUACAACGAGAAAUAUACGCAGAAUUAUAAUUAUAUGUAUAAUACCCGUGGGCACGUAGAAUACGGUGAACGUUAUGAAGAUGACAUGAGCCAAAAUACUAAAAGUGGCCGGAAGUCUUCCAAUCCCUCUAGUCCGGCACCAAUCAAACAUAUAUUAUUCAACGAAGAAAAUGACAUUCUCUAUUACAAAGAUAACCAACGGCCAUCGAAAACAAAAUCAUUGAGUGAACAUUACAGUAAAGAUAAACCGAAAAAUGUUCCAUUCAAAGCUUCGUCAACAAAGGAUAAUAGACGAGCACAGGACUCGACUCCAAUGCCGAUCCGGAAACCUUCGAGAGAUGAUAAACCUAUGGGUAACAUGAAUGCUUCCCAUGGAAAUCUAGAGCAAGCAAUUAAUAAAACUGUUAUGAAAACUCAGAAAAAUGCAACCAAUAUAGAUGACAAAGCAAGAGCAAAUCAAAAACCAGUGGUAUCAAGGCCCGGUUUAACAAGGGAUUAUUCAAUAGACUACAGAUAUCCAUCAAAUGAUCCACAUGUCGAUUCUAGCCAAUACGGUAAUUCAUCGGAAUUUCGCUCAGUACGGGCGUUGCAAUCUACCAGUGAUGAGUGUAGUGAUAAAAGGAGCAUUAAAAAGAUAUGUUUUCAAGAGCCAGCUUAUGAAGAUAAAACCAAAUGUGAUACACUUCCCCGCAGCAGAAAAAGUAUUAGGAAAACUGAAUGCGACCAAAGCAUCAACGAGUACUUGGACAAAGAAAUGUUACGCCCUCGUAGUGGAAGUCUUGAUUCGGAUCUUGAGUCACAAGCAAUGCGCAUAGUCAGAACUGUCGGGCAAGCUUUCGAGGUAUGUCACAAGUUAUCUAUGCAGGAUAGUGGUGACAACGCGGAUGAGCACUCGGAAAUUUCUAACUGUGAUUUAUCCGAACAGGAUCGGAGCUUUGAUCGCAUAAGUGAUGAGGGAGAAGUUAAAAAAGACAAUAUACCAGCAAUUCAGGAGACACCACGACAGCAGAGGCCCACACAUCUGGAUCUCGAGUCUUCAACAAAUCUUAUAUCGUCCCAGCAAAUAACAGACACUGCAGAAAUACUGAAAAAAUCUCCUCAAUCGGCGUCAAAUGAAAUCAUAACACUUAAAGAGCAGCUCGAUCAACAACAUCUCCAAACAAGACAGGUUAUGGCUCAAUUAAUGCUUGUUCGGGAGCAACUUAUAACUGAGACAAAUGUUAGAAUUGAGGCACAGGCACGCAUUCAACAAUUGCUUCAGCAAAAUCGUGAAUUGCUUGAGCAUAUUGCAUCACUCGGUGGAUAUCAUGAACCCGAUCGACCUGGAUUGUCAGCCACUGCAAUUGGGCUAGCCCCACAGCUUUCAUCAACUGCCAAGGUAGCCAGAUGGUUUCAUCAACUACAGUGGACUAAUCAAAACCAGACGCUUUCAAGGCCUGAAAGUGGGUUUGUUUCCGGUGAUUCUCGCUCAGAAAAAAACCAGAAAUCAGAAGCAGACAUUACUGACAGUCUAGCCAAAGAUCAGCAGCAGCAUCAGAAUGUAGAUUUAUGUGACGAAUAUCUUUUAAUUGAAGGUACUAGUAAUUUAUGGAGUAAAUUAAAUGUCAAGAAGCGUAAAAAGCUACUGAGUAUGAAGCUAGGCAAAGUAACUACAUUUUGAGGAUAUUAGAUCAGAUCAUUUACAUUAUUGGUUUUUCUUGUUGGUAGAGAGAAGCUUUAGUUAUACUAUAUAUAUAUAUUAUAUAUUUUUAAAUAAGUACAAAAGUUGUUUUAUCAAUGCAGCAAUCUUGACUACAAAUGCAUAUUAGCAAAAUUUGAACGUAAUGUUCUCUUCUACGCGCCAUAACAUUAUUCGACAGUAAUGUUGGAGCUACAGAAUUUAUUCAGAAGACUCGUUUUAGAUAUAGUGAUGGGUAAAAUUUUACAGGGUGACUGGUAAUUCGGGUUACACCCGAAAAGAGGUAAGUAGACCACAUUUGCAGCAAAAAAGGUAUGGCAAGGUUAUUGAUCUAUUUAUUUUACAUUGCCGAACAACACUACCAAUUUUUGCUCGGGCACUCGCGAAUAUUACCAUAGCCCACCAGGUAAGCAUUGCUCGGCUACUAUGAUCAAUCUUUGUUUACUAACCAGUAACCACUCUAUUCAAUUGGCGCCACAGUUUUACUUUCGGAUGGAUUUGAUUAGGCUCUAACCGUUUAAUGUUACGUGCAACGUUUUUGAUUGCUUAUGAAUACCCGAGCAAAAUGAGGCACUUUGAAUCAGUAGGAAAUUAACUGCUCAGUAUCUCGGUAAGGAAUGAUUUGUCGACCUAGCGUGCCAUACAAUGUUUUGCUGCAAAUGUGGUCUACUUUCACCUCUUUUCGGGUGUAACACGAAUUACCAGAAAUAGCCAUUCCAUAGCAAAACGAUAUAGUGGUUCUUACAAAUUCAUAAAAAUGUGUAGUUUUGUUCCUUAUCGCAAAAUAUUAGACCUGUAUUUUUUUUGUCAUUAGGUUGACCAUUUCCAUGUUAGGGUGGUCCAAUUGGUUUUUUUUUAUGGUUUUUAUGGUUUCCACUUUAUCGUUUUGCUAUGGAAUGGCUGUAUAUAUUGAAUUAUAUAUCUUAUAAAAAUUAUACAAAUGACGAAUUGUCUCUUUUUCUUUCCUUAACUCAAUAUUUAGAAAAGAAUAUCAUACGUACUUUUACUUUAUUAUCCUUUAGAUUUUAAAGACAGCAUUUUCAUUGCAUGUUCAAAAUAAAAAAAAUACAUUUAAAAAAGAUUUACUAACCUUACUAUUUUCAGUAAGACUUAUUUUAUUUCAGCCUAACAUAUAGACAAAAACUAUUAAAAACCAGUUAUGUAUUCGGAAAACCGUUAGUAAAUAACAUGAUGAUUAUUUUCACAGAAAUAAUCUCACACACAUUAGAAAAAUGAACAAUAGAUAUUUCAUUAGAACAAUGAUCAAGACUGAAAUUUUUUAAUUAU